AUGUCGGCCUCAACUGGUUCUCCUACCAUGCGUCGAGCUGCAGCUGGCAGAAGCAUCUCUCAGGAGAAUGCCGGUUCGCCUGACGAGAGCCUGAUGGCCCGCCUGGACAACACCUCAGCUUCAUUGAAGAAGUCUGCCACAGCUCUGACCUCCAGCAAGCUUGGUAACCAGCUCGCCAAUCAAACCGCCCCAAAGAUGAAAUUCGAGCACGAGUCUUCUGCCGCUGCCGAGGCCAACCCAAUGGACAAGCUCCUAGCCAAGCUCUCUGAACAACAAGCUGUCCUUGCCAACCAACGAGAAGCUCUCAAGUCCUCCGAAGACAAUAUUGCCUUGGCUCGCACACUCGACUACAUCCAAGCUACAAGCAGCUCGGUGCCCAUCACCUCUGCCAACGAGAGCCAGAACGUCAGUGCCGCCCCUACUGCUCCUACAACCAGCCCUCCUAGCAUUUCUGGAGAGGACCCUGCUGCACCAAAUGCGGAGGAAGUUGCUCGCUUGAAGGCAGAACUUGAAUUUGCCAAGGGUAAGAUUGCUCUCAUGGAUGAAGAGCUGGCCCAGACCAGAAUUACAAAGCAUACUAUCGACCAAGCCAUUGGAGGUGCUUCCGAGGCCGACUUCCCUCUCAGCAGCCAAGUCGAUGAUCGUCUCAAUCAUCUUCCUCCAGUUGUCCGUCCUCAAAUUCAACGUGACAAUUCUUGGGCUGCUCAGGACGAUGCUCGCUCUGAUACUAGUGAUGCACUCUCCGCUACUGGGUUCAAUCGUGCUCGUGCUAUCUGGAAUGCAGGUGGUAAGCCCGGCUUCCCUGGCAUGCAAGCUCCGAUGCCUGCUCCCAUGCCCAGCUUUGAGCAACCAUCGGCCGCUCUUGCCUCUGCUCAAUGGAUGAGCCGUGGCUUUGGUCAACCCUUCGUCGACGCUGGUAUGCAAUACCCUGCUGCACCUCCAAUGAAUGCUUUCCGCAACGAUCGUAUGAUGCCGGAGCCCGACCUGUUGAUGCCUCAGCUCCCACGACGUAAUCAACCUGGGGGUCGAUUCAACAACCGAAGCAGUGCAAGCUCGUAUCCUUACGCUAGUAGCAACAGCUCGUUUGAUGGUUUCACUCCAUCCACGACCCCUUAUGGUUCUGUUGGAGGUUUGGCUCCUGGUGUCUCUGCCAUGGGUGGUGCUAUGACCAUGAACAUGAAUGCUAGCAUGGGCAUGUAUGGUGGAUACCAAGCUCAAUCGAUUGGUACUCCCCUCUCCCCACAUGCACCAGAGUUCACGUCUUCUGGAUCAACAUGGAAGAGCGAAACUGGUGUCACUGAAGGUACAACUUACAUGCCCACUAGUGAGCCUCUCAACUAUCGUCGUCUCCUCGACCGUACUGUCAGUUGCAACUGGAAGUACAUUGUUGACAAGAUCGUCUGCAACAAUGACCAGCAGGCAUCCAUCUUCCUGCAACAGAAGCUCAAGGUUGGCACAACUGAGCAGAAGUAUGAGAUUGUUGAGGCCAUCGUUGCUCAAGCCUACCCACUGAUGGUCAACCGCUUUGGCAACUUCUUGGUUCAACGAUGCUUCGAACAUGGAACUCCUGAGCAGGUCAUCAAGAUCGCUGACGCCAUUCGGGGAAACACUUUGAACUUGUCUAUGGACGCUUUCGGCUGUCACGUUGUCCAGAAGGCAUUUGACUCUGUCCCGGAAGACUACAAGGCCAUCAUGGUCCAUGAACUUCUUCGUCGUAUCCCUGAGACCGUUAUUCACAGAUAUGCCUGUCACGUUUGGCAGAAACUUUUCGAGCUCCGCUGGACUGAGUCUCCCCCACAAAUCAUGAAGUUCGUCAAUGAAGCUCUUCGUGGUAUGUGGCAUGAGGUAGCUCUUGGUGAGACAGGUAGCUUGGUGGUUCAGAACAUCUUUGAGAACUGCCUCGAAGAAGACAAGCGCCCAUGUAUCGAAGAGGUCCUUGCCAGCAUUGACAUUGUUGCCCAUGGCCAAUUUGGCAAUUGGUGCAUUCAACACAUUUGCGAGCACGGUGCCCCAGCUGAUCGCAGCCGAGCCAUUGACCAUGUCAUCCGAUACGCCUCCGAGUACAGCAUGGACCAGUUUGCUUCCAAGGUCGUUGAGAAGUGCCUCAAGAUUGGUGGCCCCGAUUUUCUCAGCCGAUACCUUGACCGUGUCUGUGAAGGUCGUCAUGAUCGUCCACGCAUCCCACUGAUUGACAUUGCCAGUGAUCAGUACGGCAACUACCUCAUUCAAUACAUCUUGACUCACUCCAAUCCUCAACAUCGUGAGCUUGUUGCCAGUCAUAUCCGAAAGCACAUGGUAUCUCUUCGUGGAUCCAAGUUCGGCUCUCGUGUUGGUAUGCUCUGCACUAACCCCGCUAUCCAAACUCGUCCUGGUCCUGGCGUCGGUACUGCUAUCGGUGUUCCUGCCCCUCGCAUGGGUCCUCAACCAAACCCUCGCUUUGGUGGUGCUUAUCGUUAG